AUGUUUUGCGACAGUUCUGCUCACGUUGCGGCCAUUUACAACAACGGUUCAAUUCACGGCACACGUGUGUACAGUCUAUUCCACUUCGGCAGUGGUAACUCCAGCAUGGCUAAAGUUUCUAAGAAGAAAGUGAGUAAAAAGAGUCUCAAGAAGAGCUCCACGGUGACGGGUAAGAUCACAGACGUGAGGCCAAAUGUGAUGUACGAUGACGAGGACGACGAGGAGGAUUUAAGUAAAGCAGAUGAAAACAUCACUAGUGAAGAAGAGGAGGAGGACGGCGGCGAGGAUGAACGAAAACGCCAAAAGCUGCUGGAAGCCAUCAGCGUUCUCGGUGGUAAGAGGCAGAAAAAGCUGGGAGAGAGGUCCGAAGCGGCCGUCCAGAUGUCUGAGUUUACUGUCAACGCGGAGGGACAGGGCGACAAAAUCGACCUGUCGGACCUCAUCGGGACCAUGGAUAAAACCUCCGCUGUCCCAGCCAAGACCAAGAAGCAGCUGAAGAACCUGCAGCGGACUAAAAAGACCAUUGAGUGCCCUAUCAGCAAACAAGAGAGUGAGAGGAUCCAGAGAGAUGUGGCUUUCCAGAAGGCAGCCACAGAAGUGACCCGGUGGAAAGGCAUCAUCAAACAGAACCAGAGGGCCGAGCAGCUGGUCUUCCCCCUGAACCAGGAGCCCCCUGGUCCUAAACCAAUGGAGAGGGUGGUGACUGGCUGGAAGGCACAAACCCCGCUCGAGCAGGAGAUCUUUGCCCUUCUAUCUGCCAACAAGCAGCCUAUCAAUGACCCCAUCCUAACCCCUGCCGAAGAGGCUUCAAUGAGGGCUAUGAGCCUGGAAGAGGCCAAGAUCCGACGUGCCGAGCUGCAGAAAGCCCGGGCUCUGCAGUCCUACUAUGAGGCCAAGGCCCGGAGAGAUAGGAAAAUCAAGAGCAAAAAAUACCACAAAGUGCAGAACAAGGCCAAGCGUAAAGAGUUUCUGAAGGAGUUUGAUGAGAUGGUAAAGACAGACCCUGCUGCUGCCUUAGAGCAGCUGAAUAAGAUUGAGCUGGCCAGGAUGCAGGAGAGGAUGUCACUGAAGCACCAGAACAGUGGCAAGUGGGCCAAGUCAAAGGUGAUUAUGGCCAAAUACGAUGAGGGGGCUCGCAAAGCUAUGCAGCAGCAGCUGGAGGUGAACAAAGAGCUGACCCAGAAGCUGGUGACUUUGCAGAAUAAUGAUGAUGGAGAGGAGGAGAAGGAAGCGGUCUAUGAAGAGGUGCUGCCUGAUUUUGUAAAUGAUGCAGUGCAAGGGCUGGAUUUUUCCAAUCCUUGGAUGAGAGGAAAGCUCUCUGAAGAUCUCACAGAAAAAGAAAUAAGUGACACUGUGGAUCUUGUAAAGGAGGAACCUGGAGCAAUGGGAAAUACAGCUGGAGAAGAGGAUGAGGAAGAGGUUGAGGAAACAGAAGAGGAAGCACUCCUCAGGGAGUUUGACAGGAGGAGGAAACUGUGUCACGGUCAGGAGACUGACACAGCACCUGUAAUAUCUGUGGACGAUGAGGAGAAUGAAUCUGCAGCAGAGGAUCCAGAAGCAUCAGACAAAGAGGAAGAGGAGCUGUCAGAGUUCACAAGCCUUUUCCGAGGAAUAGCAGACAGUUGUCCGGAGGCUGAAGCCGAGAAGGCUGAGGCAGAUGCCAGCCACACAGACACUUCAGCUCAGCUGGAGGAAGGGCUGGUGAGGAUCAGGACUCUGGAGGACAUGGAGCUCCUCAGUCAGGAAGAGUCGGUUGCUGUUGAAGCACCUGUUCAGCCCCCAGACACAGAAAACCUGCUUUCUGCAACUCAAAAGGAAGGCAAAAACAGAAAAAGGAAGAGAGGGAUCGAGCUGAACGAAGUUCUCACCAAAGAGACAAAAGUUAUCCAAGUUCCACUCGCUCCAAUCAUCCAGGACACUGAGGACUCGGAUGAAAAGCUGGACCAGAGGGGGCUGAUUAAAGAGGCCUUUGCUGGAGAUGACGUCGUCUCAGACUUCCUUAAGGACAAGAGGAAGCAGGAGGACGCAGGGAAGCCUAAGGUGGUGGACCUGACGCUUCCUGGGUGGGGCGAAUGGGGAGGGACUAACCUCCAGCCCUCCCGCAACAAACGCAGGAGGUUCAAGAUCAAGACGGCACCGCCUCCACCCAGGAGAGAUCAACAUCUGCCCAGUGUCAUCAUGUCAGAGAAGAGAAACAGCUCCAUCAGCGUCCACCAGGUGAACUCUCUGCCCUUUCCCUUCCAGAACCAAGCACAGUUUGAGAGCACCAUCCGCUCUCCGCUGGGCCGCACCUGGAAUUCGGAGCAGACUGUUAAAAAGAUCAGCAAGCCCAAGGUGGUCACCCAGCUGGGCGCCAUCAUCGAGCCCAUGUCUCGAGAGGAGCUGAUGAAGGACAAGAAGCAGGUGUCCACUGGGAAUAAAAGUACUGUGGACUCAUGGAAAAGAAAACAUUAGCAACGUCUGUAACUGAAAUGCUCACCAGGUGAAAGUGAUUCAAAAUGAAAAACAACAACCGCAGCAGCAGUCGAUAAUUAUUUACUACUUUGUGUGUGAGUCAUAUGUCUGCAUUUAGAGAGCUGAAAUGAUGUGUUGGACACUGUUUUUCAUAUUGUUUGUUCGAGCUUUUAAAUCAUAUAUGGAAAGUUAACUAAUAAAUUCCGUCUUUGGAGUUAAAGAUA